UCAAAUGGUGAAUAUAAUGAUGAAGUGGUCCUAUAUAGUGUAUCGGUAAUGGGCUGAUGGUGACCCAGCAUUCUCUUCUAAGCAUAUUUGGUCAUUUCCUCGGAUGAUGUUACAGACACUGAAAUUGAAAAAAUGGCGAUGAACAAGAUCUGAAUUAGAAAUUUGAAGACUAGCGUAAAACGCGUGAAGUAAGUAGGAAUAUUAUUAUUAUCCAUUUUUUAAUUAAUUAAAUUUUAUAAUUAUAAUUUUUAGUUUUACAAAAAUGGGAAUGCAUUAGAUCCUUGUUAUAGGAAGGCAGUAAGAUUGCAUAUACUACGAACCAAAGUCAACACCAUUUGAUGGUCGAUGUAAAAUAUUUUACAAUAUGUUUAAGGUUUGAUUACAAUUGUAGCAUCAAGAGUUUAUACUGGCAUGUGAAUUUAUAGAAAAAUGAUGUUCCUUUCCGUUUCCAAGUAUUUGCUAGAUACAAAAGAAUGAUCCUCUCGUAAGGUAAUAUAUAUGAACAUGUAUUCUUUAAGUAUUUUAAAAAAUAAUCGUAUAUUUGUUUAUUUUAUAGGAGUAUCCUUUGUACGAUUAUGCAUCGACAAAGUUGAAAAUAUAUUAUGGUUUUCACAUUUUGAAUUUUCGAUAAACAAAAUUUACAGUAUUUACUUCAAAGGGAACUAGUCGCUUGUGGCUUUGAGGAUUAGGUGUAGCUUAUUAUUAAUUAGUGGGUAGUUUAACCAAUUAUGGUUCUAUUGGCACGAAAAAGGUUUAGAAUUACGAGAUUGGUAUAAUGAGCGUCGGACUAGAUGGAAUUGAUGAAGCAUGAAAUUUACAAAUUUGAUCACUUUGUAAUAGACUUAUCAUAGAUCAAAUUAUUAUACGAUUAGACCAAAUCGUCAGAAAUAUCAAUUAUAUUAUUUUAUUGUGUGAAAAGAUUACAUCGGGAUAAUAAAUUUUUUACCGACUUGUAAAUAAUGAAUACAUCUGCAUCGUUAAGAUACAUAUGUUAAAAUAUAAUUAAAAUCUCAUAAUAAAU